AUGUUCGGGUGCGCCUUGUGCACCGCUCGAAGUAUCUUGCCAGUGAGUCCGUCUGGGCCUGGGUCUUUAUUCUUGCUGCCCGCCCUCUGGACCACCAAGUCCACUUCCGAAGCCGUGAACAGGACUACUGGAUCCGCAGGGACCAGCGGGCCGUCCGUUCUCGCUUGGUGUUUAGGGAACAGGGUAUCGACGACCGACUGCAGCGUCGCGUAUUCCAUCGAGGCGGUUUUUGGGGGACCUCUUAGCUUGCGCAUCACCAGUUUGUACGGCUUACCGAACGGAUCGGCGUCCACUGAGGAAAUUAGCUCUUUCCAGCACGUCUUCUUGCUGCGCAGGAUGGCGAUCUUCAACUGCCUCUUGGCUUCACGGUAUGCACCGUUGGUCAAGGCGAGCUCUGCUUCUGCCCGUUCUUCGUCGAACUCGUGGGCCUGGCGGCGCCGCAGUCUUGACACCCAGGCGGUCACCCUCGUCAUCCGGCGUUUGGCCCUGGUGAAGUCAGCACGGAGAGCCUCGAUGUCCGCGUUCCACCAGUGA